UAGCAAAAAAUAAUAAAUAACAGGGGAAAUAAUCAAAUUAAAUUUUAUAACAACAGGAAGAGGAAGUGAGUUAUUUCCCUUCCAUUUUUUCAUUUAAAACCAAAAGAGGAAUUUCCAGCUUUGUCAAACAGAAAGUCAACACAUUUUUUUUUCUUCAAUUAUUUUCAAGACAAAGUCAUAUUGAUACUGUCAAAUACAACUUUAAAAAUGUUUCAAGAACCUGACUACAGAGAAAACCUAUCAUUGGCUUUAUCAGAGGUUUUAGAUGACAUUGGUGUCAAUGAAAGAAUUGUGAUGAGAAGGAGAAGACAUUUCAUGCUGGAGGAGACUAUGGAGAAUAUCACUAACAGGUUAGCUGAUAUAAACGGGACUGAAUAUCUUCUAGGUAGUCAGAGUGAAGUUACAACUACUAAAGGACUUCAGUCAGACCUUGAUGUACUAGCCUGUCAUGAUGAUUACAAUAUAAUACAAGACUGGUCAGAGUGGGAACAUGGCAAGAGAAACUACCUCAUGAUACAGGAUGAGAACACUACCCCUGGUUAUUGUUUCUUACAAAGGCUCCAAUCUGAUGAACCUCUUCCAUUCACUGUCAUUCCUGAUGAACACCAUAUAAAUGAUAGAAGUGGAAGAAUAUUGUUAAAAAACACAAGAUUUAAUGGUAUCAUUUCGGGUGCUGUAGAUCAUGGACCAUCACUUGCUGAACAAGGACAGGAUGGAUUCUGUGAUACGGACUCUGUGCCAGCUUUUUCUUGUAAAUCCUGGCCUCAAUCAGCAUCUGGUUGGUUAGAGAGACAAGGUAUUAGCAGAUGGCCAACACAAGACAUGAGAAGAUAUGCAGCCAGUACUGGGUGUUUUGUUGUUCCAACCGAAAGUAAGGUCAGUGAAUAUCCUGAACUUGAAUGGAGAAUAUCUACAUCACUGGCAGAAAAACAUCUUAUGUUCAAUCUAAAUAUAACACAAAUAAGGUGCUAUGUAUUAUUGAAAAUGAUUCUGAAAUCCUUCCUUAAUCCUCAAGGGGAAAUCAACAUAUCAAGCUUCAUGUGUAAAACAGUUCUAUUACACUGUAUAGAAAACACAGAGUCAAGUACAUGGAAAGAGAACAAUUUAUUUAUAUGCUUAACAUAUUGCUUAUUAGAAUUAUAUAGCUGUGUGCAGAAUGACCGUUGUUCACAUUUCAUUAUCAGAGAAAAUAAUUUGAUGGCAGGGCAAUUUACAGCUGAAAAAAAACAUGAACUUUCAAAAAAUAUAAGUGAUUUUUUACAGAAUGAUGGUCAAAUGUUACUUAGAAUUGAUAUUGAUGAUCUUGGCUAUAGAUUGCAAGUUAAACUGAACAUGGUACCACAUGGAGCAUAUUAUUAUCAAUCUUCUCUUGCAAUACAUGAAUUUUAUAUGACCUCAGAAUAUUUAAACACAGCACACCUUACAAGCCAAACUCAUGUGCAAAUUUUAAGACAUUUACACACAAAAAACAUUAGAGCAAUGAAGAAUUGUAUAGGUAAAUUUAUUACUUUCAACGUUAAUGGUAAUAGAUUAGUACAGGCAGCAUUCAAGUUUCUAGCACCUUUUCUUUUUACCACAUAUGGAUCUAUCCUGGCAUCAUCCAGCAUUGGUGAAAAUAAUCAAGUGUCACCUCAAGCAUUGGUUUGGUUAUCAGUUGGUUUAAACUCAGAUAUCUCAUCUAGCAGACUUAAAUUGGCUUCAGUGUUCUACAGUACAGGAGAUAUGGAGAAAGCUGAACUAAUACUAAGACACACUGAACAACAAUAUUACUCUUAUCCUGUUUUACCUAUCUGUAGAUGCUGGGAUAAGCCUCUACCAGCAGUAACAGCAGAAUUCAAGAGGGUAUGUGGUGAGCAAAGUGAGGACUGUAUCAAACAUAUAACAGCAUUUUGUGUUAGAUUUAUACAGAAAGAGAUCAACUUUGUUCCUUAUGAACUACAAUAUGAAAUGUUCAGAUCUACACAAGCUGACAUGAUACACAGACAUGAAGAUGAUGACCGUUGGAUGGACUGGGCUGUAGUUGAUUCUCUACCUUUCCUGUACUUCCUACAAUACAAGAUCUACAGUCAUCUACAAAGACACCAAGAUCAACAACAAGCACUUAAUAAACUUGUAAGAACCAUAGUGACUGAUGAAAACCUUCGACAUAGAGAAACAGCCCUCAACAUUCUAGGACAAUGUAUGGAACAAGAAAACAGACCUCAUGAAGCAUUAAAAUGCUACUUGCUUUCUCUUCAACAAAGGGCAAGAAACAAUGCAGCAAACUUUCAUAUAUGCAAACUCCUUUCUGGGGUAUUGGCUGACCAAUAAAAGAUGUGGUCAAAAGCAGACAGUAUUAAGACUUGAAUUUCUACUGAUCAAAAUUAUAACUCUUGUGUGAGUCAAAUUGAUGCAAAUGUCAAUAUAAUUAUAAUAUAAUAUGUGCUUUCAUAAUUGUUUGGUGACAUUUUACUAUCACAUAAUAUUACCAAAACAAAACAAGAAUUAUCAGUGAUCACAUGUGUUGCCUCAUGAUAGCCAUAACUCAACCAAAAAUUAUUAAACCUAAAAAUCUGUGAAAUAUGCACAAGAACUUGAGCUACCGAUUAAUCCCUUACAGUUUCAUAUAAAUUCCAUUAUUGGUAUAAGAGGAGUAAUCGGGACAAAUUUGAAAACUUAAAAUCAUUAAGGGCCAUAACUCUGACAAAACUCAAUGAACAGAAACAACAGGGCCAUGAUGGCCCUGAAAUCGCUUACAAGAAUACUAUUAAACGAACACUUAAUUUUGUUAUCUAUACACAAAAGCAGAUAUAAAAUCUAAAUCUAAAAUUGAUAUCAAAAAGUUCAUAUUUGUAUCUGAAAUAGUCAAUGUGCAUUGCUAUUGCUAAAGGAAAACAACAGUUCCAAAAGAUUAUAAUGUACAUAUGAGAAUAAUCAAUGACCCCCUUGGGUGGGGCCAAUUUUGACCCUAGGGCUUUUAUUUGAACAAACUUGGUAGACACCCCUAAGAAGAUUUUUUCAUGCUUAAUAUAUAACCUCUAGCUAUUUAGUAUCUUUUAGAAGAAGAUUUUUUAAGUUUUUACUAUAUACAUAUAAGGAAAAUCAUUAACCCCCUUGAUCCCAGGGCUUUUAUUUGAACAAACUUUGUAAACACCCACAAGAAGAUGUUUCUUGCUAAAUAUCUAAGCUCUAGCUCUUUGGGUUUUGUUAAAGUAGUUUUUUAAAGUUUUUACUAUAUACAUAUAAAAACCAAUGACCCUCUGGGGCCGGGCUAAUUUUGACCCUAGGGCUUUUAUUUGAACAAACUUGAUAGACACUUACUAGAAGAUGUUUCAUCUCAAAUAUCAAAGCUCUAGCUCUAUGGUUUUUUUUUAAAAGAAAAUAUUUUUGGCCUAGCAGUUUAUGAGGAAAUGUCAUUUAAAGUAAAAGUAACGGACGGACGCCAGACGGAUGAUGGACACUGGAUGAAAAGCAAUCACAAAAGCUCACCAUAUCACUUUGUGAUGACAGGUGAGCUAAGAAACAAGCAAUAUUCAAUAAUUUUACCUUUAAGGUCAAGGUCAUUCAAAAAUAAUUUGCUCUUCAUAAAGGUCUUGUCCUAAGGAUUAUUGUGUCCCAUACAAUCCAUUCAUAUAUGAAAAAGUUCUAGCCAAUUAUCACAAAAAACAAAGGAAAUUCAAAUAUUUGACAUUGAAGGUCAUUGUCAUUUAUUAGUGAAGGUCAAAUUCAGUCUAGUAAACUUAAAAGUCUUAUAAAAUUGGUUGUCGUUUCCAAGUUUGAAGGCAAUCCAUUAAGAAAUUUCCAAAUUUGAGGGCAAUCUAUUAAGAAACAAGCGAUUUUCAUAGUAUUGCAAGCAAUCCAUAAGCCCCCUAACGGUUAGAACACCAUCAACAUUCUGAAGGGCCAUUGGCCAUUCACUAAUGUUUCAAUUAUUUUCUAUUUUAAGUAAAUUUGUUGCAAAAGUGAUCACAGGAAACAGUUUUUAUGAACAGACAGACAGACGGACUGAAGGACACUUUAAAGUUAAUAUUUGAAACAUCCCUGUUACCAAAAUAUAACAUUUUUAAAAGCAAAAUUCUUAAAGAGGAGAUAACUCUUGAAUUAAAGAUGCAAUUUCAUAAAAAAUUUCAGCUCUUUUUUACUAAUCACAAAUAUUGUUAUAUUUGCCAUGUUUUAAGCAUAUAUGUUGCCAAGGCAACCAAAAUUUUUUCAAAAAAGGAAGAAAAGAUAAGACAUGCAUAAUCUCCAGACUGCCAUCUACCCAUAUGUCAUCUACCCAUAUGUCAAGUUUCAUAAAAAUAUUUCCAGUAUUUUUUGAGUUAUCACUGGAUUCAGUUUAUGUGUAAAAUUUGCCAUAUUUUCAGCCUAUUUGUUGCCAUAGCAACCAGAAUUUUCAACAUAGGAAGAAAAGAAAAAGACAUGCAUAAUCUCCAUACUGCCAUUUAUCCAUAUAUCAAGUUUCAUAAAAAUAUUUUCAGUACUUUUGAAGUUAUCGCGGGAUCCAGUUUUGUGGACGGACAGACUGACUGACGGACGGACGAGCAAACAUUUGAUAUUUAUGAGCUUCAUUCCGUAGUUAAAUAAAGAACAAAAACUCAUAAAAUUCAAAUUAAGAGCUAUUUUUUUGUUUUUAUGAGCUAAUUUUGCUUAUGGACUUUGGUCCAGGUGUAGUUUAUGAGCUGAUUUGCCUCUUAAAUAUCAAAAGUUGGUAAGACAGACAGACAAACAGACGGACAGACGGACGGAGGGUAAACCUAAAGUCCCCUCCGGUAAACCGGUAGGGAACUAAUAAGAAAUUUAUAACCUUUCUAGAUCUCUUCUUUGCAAUUUUUACCACCUAUGUGUGGGAAGUUCAGGUAAGCUUGAGAAGUCCAUACAACUGAGAAGUUGGUUUAUCUACUGGUCAAUAACUUUCUAAUUUGUUUGUUGAUGUAUAAGUCAUAAAUUAAUGAGAAAUGCAAAUUUAUUAAUAUCUCAGAACUUUUAAUUCUUUUUCAUCUGUUGUUUUGCGUGAAUUUUAUAAAAUCAAGCAAAUGAGAUUAUUCACCACAAAAAAUCCGUCCAACUAAAAUUUCCUAGUGUUCAUGUAAAACAAAAAUGUAUUCACUAAUAGAUCAACUUCUAAUAGAAACAUAAAACAUGUAAGACCUACAACAAAAUAUGUUAAAAAAGAAAUUUUAUUUAUAAAGCUAUUCAAGUAUGGGAUAAUUUACAUUUUAUAUUAAAGAAUCUUAUUCUCAUUAAUUUUGUUUUUAAAAGAAAAACGAAAAAAUAUUUACUUGUUAUAAUAAUUUGAAUUAUUCUGAUGAAUACAUGUGUCUGUCUAUUCAAAUGUUUGUUGUUUACAUUUUUUAUAUGUGUGCGCAUAUUUGUGUUGGUUUACAUUUUUGUAUGUUUACCUCGCUAGAAGGCCAUAUUGUAGACACUGUGGUUCUUAUUACAAAAUGUACGUGUUACUUUCAUGAAAUAAAGUGUUUAUUACUAUAUCAUUAUUAUCAUUAUAACUUGAACAAGACUGCAUUUGUGAAAAAAUACUAUGCCAUUGCAUUAAUUUAACAGAAGUAGAUUUUUUUGUUACUUUACAAUUUAACUUUGCCAUCAUGCAGUAGUGUCUGGUGAAUUAAGGGGUCAAGGUCAUAUUUCAGCAUGUCAAAUCAUUAGACACAUGUGCAGAUUGUGUACAAGGGCCAUAUGCAAUAAUUUAUUCAAAAAUAAAAGAUUUCUUUGUUGACAAAAAAAUAGGUAUUAACUGUAUGAUAUAGCUGUAUGCAACUUAGAAAUGCAGUUACAGUUACUUUUUCUUAAAUACCAUCUUUUCAAGCAAACAUAACAUUAAAUUAAAUUAUUUUGUAAAUGAAUGUUUUAUAUUGUUUUUUGACCUUUGACCCCUAAGACUUAGUGUGACCUUG